GCUCGAUGAACUGCCAAUUGCCAUCACAAUAUAACACGUAUUGUGCGAUUUUUAAUUUGUGCGAGAAAGUGCCGUUUUCAUAAAAAAUAUCACUAAAUAAAAGUGCGGUCCGAGCGAAAAUUACUGAAAAGAACUUGGCUUUGAAAGCCCAUUGUUGAACAAUAUAAGUUUAGGAUUAUUUUUGUAAAGUAAGAAAAUCAGACCACAUCUGACAACAUCGGCCGUCCCCUUUUGCGUGAAGGUUUGAACGCGCACUGCAGCUGUAAAUUUAGCUCCACAAAAACAAAAUUCGACCAACAUUCGCAACAAUCGAACAAACUAAUAGUUAUUAAAAAAAUACAUGCAUACAUAUUUCAUAACACCGAACAACAACAUCACCAACAAAACUUUUUAGGCGCAAGUUAUAAAGUUAAACACCGAUCAUUUGUAACUGCAGCAGCGUGGGAAGGUAGCGCAGAACAGAAUAGAAAUCCGUUUUCAAGCAAACGAGAAAAAAAUCAUUCAAAUACCACCACUACAAAAACAACACCAACACCAAGAUGGCAACAACUGCUCGUAGCGGGGGCAAUGCCAGCGGCAGUACAGCUCAGCGUCCCAACGGUACACAGCAAAAUAAGAAUUGCCAAUUCAAAUUGGUGCUAUUGGGCGAAUCAGCGGUGGGCAAGUCGUCGCUUGUGCUACGUUUCGUCAAGGGACAAUUCCAUGAAUACCAAGAGAGUACGAUAGGCGCUGCUUUUCUAACACAAACCAUCUGCAUAGAGGAUACGGUGGUCAAAUUUGAAAUAUGGGAUACAGCCGGACAAGAACGAUACCACAGCUUAGCUCCUAUGUACUACCGUGGUGCACAGGCUGCCAUUGUAGUGUACGAUAUACAAAAUCAAGACAGUUUUCAGCGUGCAAAGACCUGGGUCAAGGAACUGCAUAAACAGGCAUCGCCGAAUAUCGUUAUUGCCCUGGCUGGCAAUAAAGCGGAUUUAUCAAAUAUUCGUGUUGUAGAAUACGAAGAAGCAAAGCAAUAUGCCGAAGAGAACGGAUUACUCUUCAUGGAAACAUCGGCAAAAACGGGAAUGAAUGUUAAUGAUAUCUUUUUAGCAAUUGCUAAGAAAUUACCUAAAAACGACGGAGCAAAUAAUCAAGGCGCUCCCGCUGGUAGAAGGCUGAAUGAUAAUGAAAAUACCCGACAAACAAACAAUUGCUGCAAGUGAUGUCCUUUUGUAGAAAAUGAAAUUUCCAACGAGAGAUUUGAAAAAAUUAUGCUGAUAAUUAUAAAUAAAAAAAUAAAUAUUUAAAUUACAAUUUAAAAACCAGAAAUAGAAAGCAGAAACAAAAAUACGGAUGAUAAUGAUGAUGAUGAUGAUGAUGUUGAGUGGGAAAGCAACCAAUAAUAAUAUAAAAUAUAAAAUUUAAAUUAUGAAAAAUUAUGAUAAUGAUGGUAAUGCUAUGAAAAUAGAUUAAAAUAAAGUCACAUUAAAAAUCGAGAACAGAAAGAAAGUAAAAACAAACAAACGCUCCCUUUUCAGCUCCCUCGUCACCAAAAUCAACAGCAAUACUCGAGCAGCAAUGUACUACUACUUUCUAAUACAGCUGCCUAAAUAUAUAUUCUGUUAACACGCCCAGAUUUCACUUUGCUCCCGCAUCCACAUCAACAUUUUACGUUUGCGUUUGUUCACUCCUCGAAAAAGAGAACACAAAAAAGUAAAAUCCGCAAAUUCAGUAAACAAAUUAAUAAUCUAUACUAAAUGAAAGUUCAAACGUAAACUUUUUCAAAA